GUGAUUGGUUCAGUCUGUGAUUUACACGAGCUCCACCCACUCAAGCUGCAAAGAUACUGGACUGCCAAACAAUCAGUUUACAGUCUACUACACAGUGAGCCAACAUGACAGCGUUCCUGCUCCUGUUGCUCCCUCUGUGUGCUGCAGCUUCAGACCAACAUGUGACAGUGCACCCUGGAGAUGACGUCACUCUGAGAUGUGAGGCUGGUGAUGUCUCCAUCUUAGCUGUAGAGUGGACCAGACCUGACCUGGAGCCACAGUACGUCCUCUUUCACAGUGAUGGACACUACGACACAGAUCAACAGCAUCCAUCCUUUACAGACAGGGUGGAGCUGGUGGACAGAGAGCUGAAGGGCGGAGACGUGUCUUUAACUCUGAAGAAUGUGACCAGCAGAGACUCUGGAACAUACGAGUGUCGAGUCGCAACAGGUGGAUCAAGACGUACAAAGAGAGCCAUCAUUAAGACUGAUCCAAUCACAGUCAUCUACCUGGAGGUUAGAGAUCCAGAGAGGGAAAACUCAAAUGCAACCUCCUCUCGUGGAUACACUGGAGUGGUAGUAGGAGUUGGUGUUGCUGCUGCAGUGCUUUCUGUAGCUGCUGCAGUGUCUUAUGCUGUCUGGAAACAUAAGAGCCACAAUGACCAAAGAUCAGAACAGUCCUCUCUUAAAGGGAGUAAAGAUCCACUCAUCUAAAAUAUCACAGACACGUUUCUUUCUGUCUGAGUGUGUGAGCUCAUGAGUCCCUCUGCUGUCUGUGACUCUUCAUCAUUAUGGUCUGUUUCAACCAAUCAUGUCUCUGCUCCAUGACUCCCCGCCUCAUCAUGUGUAGUGUGUGUGCAUCUUUGCUUCAUCCUGUUUGUUUGUUUGUUUGUUUGUUUGUUUGUUUGUUGUCAAGUCAACUUUGUUUGUGUAGCACUCAACACACAAACAGAGUUGAUCCAAAGUAAUAUCAGUAAUGACAUCAUAUCACUUGUGCUAUAGUACCGUGUUCUUAUCCUGUCACCACAGUGGGCCAGUCACACCAACACACACAGUCACACUGAUAGAGUACAAGUGUGUUUUAACACAACUCUUGAAAAUCUCAGUGAUGGAGGAGAAUCAGACGGUGGGAGGAAGAGAAAUCCAGAUUUGGGGCCCCGACAGAGAAAGUCCUGUCCCUGUAAUCCUUAGUGCUGAUCUCAGGACAGACAAACAGGUCAACUGUUAAAUGUUAGAGACCUUUAACUGGAGUAAAUAAUUCUCCCUCCAUGAAUCACUACCUCAUCGUGGUGGAGGGUUUGUGUACCUGUUGAUCCUGGGAGCUGUGUUGUUUGGAGCUCUGAGCUCCUGGUAGGGUCUCCCAUGGCAAACUGGUCCCAGUGGAGGGUCAGACUGAAUGUGAUUCAAAUGUUCAUCCUUAACCAGGGAUGGAAAGACUAGAAUAUUUUACUCCAGUAAAAGUUCUGCAAGUUAAAAACAAAACAUCAAGAGCAGAAAACAAUCAUGUCUCCCACUUAAAUUAUUUGAUUUGUACAAACUUAAUUUAACUUAAAUUUUCAUUUUGGCUGAAUCCUGUUGUUUUAUUUCUCCUGUAAAUAUAAAGACAUUUUACUUCA